AUGGUGCAGGCAUGGCAGAUAGAGAUAGAGAUAGAGACAAAUGCUAGUAGUUAUACCAUUGAUCUUAACACACAUUAUCUUAACAUAACAGCUAGUGUUUCAAGGCCUUCCUUUAUUACAUGGCCUCCACCAGCACCAGCAAAGGAAGCUAUGGAUAAGCUAAACGAGACAGAAUUGAAGGGAAAGCCAAUGAUUAUCACGUGGUGUGAAAAGCAAUGUCCUAGUAGUAAUGCAAAAUUGUGGGUGUCAAUUAAUGGCCCCCCUAUCAAUAAUGAUAACUUCAAGGCUUUAUUGUCCGGUUUUGGUGUUGUUGAUUCUUUCAAAGUGGUAUUGCAACAUCUUGAUACAUCCUAUUGGAUUGUGCAGUUCGACUCAGAGACAUUUGCUACAAAUGCCAUUAAAAUUUUCAACAGUGCUGAAAAGUAUGGCAUGAAAUUCCUUGUGUCAAAAUAUAAUGAUUGCAAGAAACUCUGUGUGGAAUAUCAUCCAAAAGAUCUAGAUGAGAACAACAUUCUAUUAGCGUUCUCUUUGUAUGGGGAAUGCACUGUCAAUAUCAAGAAUAAAUCGAGUGGUACUGCUUUUGUUAGCUAUCAUACAUCAAAAGGGGCUGAAGAAGCUAUGAGGAACUUAAAUGGCACAGAUUUAGGUUCACAUUGUUUGUAUGUAAGAGGUAUUGUGACGCAAGCCAUGACUGAAGAUAACAAUCUUGAAGAAGCCCCAAUUUUUGUGAUUGAAGAUAAUCGGAGGCAAUUAGUUACAACUGUCAAUAUGGCGUGUUUUCGUAUUGUAUCAAAUUUCCUUCAAUUCCUAAACAAACUAGGGGAUGAUCAUAGACAUAUUGGUCUAUUGGAGAGAAUUAGGCCCGACAGUCCGUGGCCUGGUUAUGAAGUUAUGUAUAAACAUGUUGACAGUGAGAACGAGGUAGUCAUCAAACCGUUUGAAGGUGUUGAAUCUUUUGAUUAUAUUGAAUCAUGUUUCAACAAAGAUCCGUACGAGCACUUUGAGCUGGGGUUCUUCAGUAUGGUCAACCAAAUAGAGUUCUAUGAGAAGAAGGCGGUGCCACUUGUGGAUUGA